CAUCUCUAGCUCAACAGCUCACCUUUGAAUCUCUAACUCAACAGCUCACCUGUGUAUCUCUAGUUCCUUAAACAUGAACACUGCUCAGCGAUAUCAAGCUGCCUGUACAAAUCUUUCGUUAUCAUCUCAUAAUGGGACACAGCCGCUGUUGCCAUGGCGUCCCGAUGUGGCAUCCUGUCAUUUCUGGAAUAUCGUCCACAACAACGUCUUGUCACACGUCUCCAUCCUUCUGAUUUGCACCUUCUUCUUGUUUUCGUUGGUGGUGAACGUCUACUUGCUGUUGGGACUGGAGCACUCCGAAGCUCUCUCCUGGCAGCCGCGCUACAUGCUGCUGAGGAAUUUGAUUGUAAGCGACCUCCUGCAGACCCUGACUCUUGCUCCAUCGAUGUUGUACUGUUUGUUUUACCGUCAGACGCUGAGUUUUAGUGGAUGGUGCUUGGUCCAGUUCUUUACUGCCACGUUAGCCAUCAUCACCUCGCUGCUGACGGUCGCCUCCAUGGCUCUGGAGCGUUUUGUGUAUACGUGCUACGGAAUUCAUUACCUGGCCAUCAUGACGAACGGGAGGAUGUACCUGUUCCUGGCUUUUAACUGGUUGCUGGCUUUAAUGGGAGCAAGCACUUCUACUAUCCUGGUUCUGACGGGAGGAGCAACAUUCGGUCACGUCAUCUCCGGGUUUGUGUGCGAGCCGGAAGUCAUACAGGCUCAUAUUCGCUGUUCUCUGCAUUUUGAAACCUUUAACAAAGCUUUUGUCGGGUGUCUGCUCAUCUUCUGUCUGCUGGUUUUCACUUUUUCCUACGGUCGGAUGUACCAGGAGGCCAGGCACGUCCAGGAACCUUUUCAGGAGGACAAUAUUCGUGCCCGGGGCACCGUGGCUUUUUACCUUGGCAUCUUUUUCCUGCAGUUGUUUCCAAGUACGAUAAAAUUCAUCACAUUCUUUGACAAGGACAUGGACAGCCACUUGAUGAUGGCAGUAGUAGUGCUGCUACCACCCUGCGUGAACCCUCUGGCGUACGGAAUCAGAAACGUGGAGGUGCGCCAGGCUUUGGAGCGCCUUUGGGGGCUCAGAAAACUUAAAGAAAAAUUCUUUAAUUAACAUUUUUAAUAUGCAUCAAUUAGGG